AUGCGUUUCCGCUGCCUAACCUUUGCAGAAGUGACCCCUAGUAAGGUGCUGAAGGAGAUCCCUCUGGGGGACCUGCGUCCUAACGAGACAGUCCAGGCAUCCCAGGAGGCUCAGCUCCUGUCCCAGCUCCACCACCCAGCCAUCAUCACUUUCUACAGCAGCUUUCUGCAUAGAGAUUCCUUCUGCAUCAUCACUGAGUACUGUGAGGACAGGGACUUGGACUGUCAUCUGGAGGAAGUGAGAGAAGCAGGGCAGAGCUUGCCUGAGACCCAGGUCACUGAUUGGCUGAUCCAGCUGCUGCUUGGACUCCACUACAUGCAUAACAGGCGCAUCCUCCACAGAGAUCUGAAGGCCAAAAAUAUCUUCCUGAAAAGGAACAUAGUUAAAAUCGGUGAGUUCGGGGUGUCCUGUCUGCUGAUGGGGUCAUGUGACCUGGCCACCACCUUCACGGGCACGCCUUACUACAUGAGCCCUGAAGUCCUGAACCAUCACGGUUACGACUCCAAGUCUGAUAUCUGGGCCAUAGGCUGUAUCCUGUAUGAGAUGUGUUGCCUGUCACACGCUUUUGAAGGACACAACUUUUUGUCAGUUGUGAUGAAGAUAGUGGAGGGAGAAACCCCCAGACUGACAGCCAGAUACUCUCUGGAGCUCAACACACUCAUGCAAAGGAUGCUGGAGAAAACCCCAUCAUCCAGGCUCUCUGCUGCAGAAGCUCUGAAGACAAAAUUCAUUGAGGACAGUAUGCAGAUCUUAAAACACAAGUUCUGUAGUCUGACACUGAGAGACAAGACAUCAUCUGGAGAAAGAGACGCAGCACAGAUAUUGAAAGCGGUGCAGAGAAAGGUGCACCUUCAGACACUGAGGGAGAAGUCAGAGCUAGACAGAAUGACCCCCAGGGAGAGAAUGAGGCUGAGGAAGCUGCAGGCUGCCGACGACAAGGCCAGGAGGCUUAGGAGACUUGCUGAGGAGAAAUACCAGGAAAACCACUUCCGAAUGCAGGAGCUGAGGAGCCGCCAUUUCGAGAAAGUCAGUUUGGACGUCUUGAAUGAGAGUGCAGGAGAUGCAGUCCACCAGACUGCACCAAUCACAGCUGAGCACUACCGGUCGCUGGGUUGCUCACAACCAAUGGGAAGGCAGCAUCAGGACAAGAUGCGAAUGUCUGAGCCAGUAGGGCGUGGUGAGUAUACUUCCUUCUUGUACCUUUUAUUUCUGUAA